AUGCUUUGCAACGUCUGCUGCGAGGGUUUGCAGGGAAUAUGGGACCCUUUGAAAACCAAGCGCGUGUGCCUCGUUAGAGAAUUCAUUGACCUGGACGUGCCAGAUGACGAGGAAAACGACAAGUUCGUCAUUCGAGUAGACACGUACAAGACUGUCGAGCCAUACGAUCCUGACCUACGUCUGCCGCAAAACUUCAUUUUCGGCCAUCAUCUCACUGAGGAGUCGUUCAACCAGUCCGUCCGGGAUGGCUGCGUCAUGUGCCAUUCCUUCGCAGCUUGGAGGGGCAUGCCGAAACCUGAGCCCGACCCCAAGAUUACUGCUCUGGGCUAUUACUCCCUAUUCAGUGUCGAAUUCCAAGCCUAUCCAACCAUGUUUCUAUACGUCAACGAUAGUCGAGGAGGCUUUGAUUUGACUCCCUUGGCAGCUGCCAAUAAAAACAUAAACACAUGCAUCAGUCCAUCUACCGGGGACGAAGCUACUUGGUCAAUUAUCAGAGGGUGGUUGGACACCUGUCUCCAAACACACGACGACUGCUGUAACAACAAAACAGCUUCACUCUCCUCCCCAUUCUCCCCAAAGAGGCUCCUCAAGCUGGAGGAUGCGGGUAGGGCGGAACCGGUCUUCCGGCUUGUCGGUACCGCCGAGAUCGAACCGGGCACUCGCUACGUGACCCUCAGCCACUGCUGCGACAGUAAAGAGGGUGACGCAAGCCACGACGCGGAGGAUUACGUCUACGUGGAUACCCAUGACGUCCCUCGACUCACGGAAUCAACCUUGACGCAGCUGUCUAAUCCAAAUCCUUUGGCAUUACUGCCGCUGACCUUUCGGGAUGCCUUCUCCGUAGUCAAGCGGUUAGGUCUUGCUCACCUUUGGGUCGAUUGUCUCUGCGUUUUGCAAGACGACCCAAAUGACAGGCUUGCUGAUGGAAAUCAAACCCACAAUGUUUUUCGAAAUUCGUUUCUCAGCAUUGCCGCUUCGGGUGCUACCUCGCCGUCUUCAGGCCUUUUCUUCAACCGAGACCCUGCCCUCGUGGCGCCGACCGUCUUCAACUUCCCUAUAGAUGGUGGCGGGACUGUGGUGCCACAUAUGUCAUCGCUUGAGGUGCCGCGCGGAUGGAGUCUUGCCUUUAAUAGGGAUCCGCUGACCAGUAGCACUCACGCGGUACCGGAGCGUCUUUUGGCACCCCGUGUGGUCCACUUUGGCAGCCGAAUGGUGUUUUGGGAGUGCCAUGGAGCGUCUUGUGCCGAGAUACACCCGCUCGGUGUCAAUGAAGCGGCCAGGAUCCUGUCCAGCGCGUGGUCAGACUCUGGGGAGACGGAUGAAGGAACCGAGAGUGAAGGAGAAAGCCGGGGGCAAAGCACAGGGGAGAGCGAAGUCCCCAGCGAGCAGGCUAGUGAAGCGGAAGGUGAGGCCGAGGGAAGCUCUCCCGCUAAGAACAACGAGACGGGCGCAUGCCGGCAGGACAGGCCAUGGAAGACACUGCUUGGUGCUUCCGGCCGACCAAUGAAGAAGGACCCGGUAUCUCAGCUGUUUUCAGAGUGGACGACUAUUGUCGCAACCUUUGCCCACUGCACACCGACUACACCAAAAGACAGGCUUGUUGGACUGCGCAGUGUUGCCAGGGAGAUGAAGCAAUUGCUUCGGGACAAGGGCUGCACGGAAACGGACUAUCUUGCUGGGAUGUGGAAAGCCGCGUUGCCCUGCGGACUGCUAUGGAAUGUCAGAGUGCCUGAGAGACGACCAGCAGAGUAUCGUGCGCCAUCAUGGAGCUGGGCUGCUGUAGACGGAAACCUGAACUUGCUGAACCAGGUGCCAGCGGAUUCCGCGCGUGGCGAGAGGCUCCUCUGCGAGCUGGUGAGCAGCGCGAUAAGCUUAUCCACUUGUGAUGAGUUUGGGGAGGUGAUGGGGGGCAGCAUAGUGUUGAAGGGAAAGCUCGUCCGGGGAGAGCUUCAUCGCCCCAUGCCGGCUCAGACACCUGCGAACAACGUAUUGAUACGGGGUUUUGUCGACCUGGACAAGAAUACGGUUGUGGCCGAGCCAGUGCUCCAGGCAAAGUCUGGGUGCAAUUUCCAAUGGCGUAUUGCGUGCGACACGAUUGAGGAUGCGAAAGGCGGCGACCAAGUUUUUUGUCUCCCCGUCGAAGCAACAUCAUGGAGCCCGGUUGGAUGGCAUGUUUCCGGGCUGGCACUUGACCGACGUGCAGAUGGCUGCUAUGUCCGCCGCGGCACAUGGCACGUCCUCGUGGACACGAGGGAGGAGGCCUUGGAUAUGUUUAAGGAUGUGCCAACGAAGGAGGUGACGGUGGUUUGA